UGUGGGCGGCUCCUGAUUCUCCCCGGGGGGAGAGAUAAGCAGCUUCUGCAAGGUUGAACCGCAGCCCAUAAAUAGCCGAGAACAGGCGAGCUUGGGUACCACUGUGGCCCCCUCCCUCCCCCACCUCUCCAGAUCCCACAACGACUUCAUUCCGCAGCAGGCGCCUCCUCCCCACCGGCCUGAGUCAUGCAGUGAAGAGGAAGAAGACUCCCGGCGGAGAUCAACCAGAGCCCCCCAGAAGACAACUGCCCCGCGUCCGAUCGCUAGCCAGGAUCGAGCCCAGCGCCCUGACGAUCAACGCAGCGCGCAUCACUCCAGUCCCACUCCAAGAUGCAGAGGUGCACCAGUCUUCUGUUUGUCUCCUUCAUCUUCUGUGCCGCCCUCUCGGAGACCUUCGGGCUGGUCUUAAGCGCUAAAGAGAAAAGGGGCUGGACUAUGAAUAGUGCUGGUUAUCUACUUGGCCCACGUCGUAUUGAACAGCUCCUCAAGGAAAUGCCCAGUGCAAGGGGGAGAGAAGAGCCACCUGGGGAAUAUGCAAUAGACAGAGUUUUCAAUGACAAGCACGGUCUAGCUGGUAAACGUGACACACAUCCUGAAGAAAAUACAAAAGCAGGUACUUAUGGAAGACCACUGACCGAUGAUGCUGUAAUGCGUACAGUGAUUGAAUUUUUGACCUAUUUACAUCUUAAAGAAGCUGGAGCUCUUGAUAACAUAUCUACAACAGUUUCUUCAGAAGAAACCAAUCAGUCUUGAAAGAUAAUGUAUUUAUACUCCGUGUUAUAAAUUAAAGACAUCUAAUUAGAACUUUGAACAAAAUAAAAUAGUUAUGGUUUACAUUUAUCUUGUAUACUGCUACUCAUGGUAAACAUCUUUUUUGUCUUUUCUUUAUCCUGUGAUGUCAAAUUGUAAUAUUUUUUUCUUGAUACAACAAAUUACUUUAGGUAUGUGACAAAAUUAAAAAAAAAUAGCAGCUGCA